AUGUUGGCAGCAUCGGCGCGCUCGACUUCUGCCAAGGUGGCAGCAGGCGUUUCGCUCGCCAUGAUCGGAGCAACGUCGUCAACUCUGGUGGCCAAGCCAAUCUACAACGACGAGGCGAGCUCAAGCGACGCAUCUAAGCUAUCGAUCUACCCGGAACCUGAUGCAAAGGUCGAAGUUGUCCCUGUCCAGACUGAGCUUGAGCGUCAAGUUGGCUCGGCACGACGUGCAAUCUCGCACGUCACAGCCGACACACGCAGUUCGGUUCGAUCGCUCAUCGAUCGCUGGAUCAGCGUCGAGCGAUCCAUCGAAGGAGAGGUCAAAUCGAUCAUCCCACCCACCGAACCUCUCACGCCCGGUCUACUUUACGUCGGAGUUGCCACUCUGGCAGGAAGCAUCUUCACCCGAUACCGUGCGUUCCCGGUGCGACUGCUCACGCCUCCGCUCGCGCUGGUCGUCAGUCUGAACUACUUCAACCCGAAUCUCGCCUCGAAUCUGGGUGCGUACUACACGCAAGUCGAGCACAAGUACGCUCCAGCACUGACAGAGCAGAGGAGGACUUGGCAGAAACACGCUCAGAAGUACCUGGAUUCCACGACAAACAGCAUGCAUGAGCUCAAGGACAAGACCGAGCAAGGUCUCCGAUCCGGUUUGCACAGCGUGGAACAGCAGACCGGCUUAAAAGUGAGCCAAGUGGUUGCUGCCAAGGAUGAGGCUAAGUCUGCCAUCAAGGACCAGAUCAAGGCUGUGUAA